CCUUCUUGCGAAGGGGCUUAGAGAAGGUAACUGGUGCAAUCAAUCCGCUGGCUGGGGAUUCCCUCCACCCCCUCCCCGGCUCGUCUGGCUCUCCUGGCUGGGUCUCUUCAGUGUGUAUGUGUUUGGGGAAGGGGGUGGGGGGAGGUUGUGUUGUUGUUGUGUUCCUGGCUCUGGUUGCAGCCAGGAGAGAGAGCGAGCGAGCGAGAGAGCGAGCGAGCGAGAGACAGAGAAGGAGAGAGCGAGCGAGCGAGAGAGAGAGAGGAGCCGCGAUCGCGUUUCAGGGGCAGCACAUUCCGCAGGAACCGCUGCUGCAGAAACACACACAGGCAGAGAAAGGAGGUCAUUGCAAGCAAAGGGGGGAAACCUGCAUCGGAGGUUGCAACAAACUUUCUUGUAAGGAUGUACCAGUAUCAUUACCAAUGAAUCCUUUCUACCUUUCCAUAACAGUAAAGUAAUUGGAAGUUUCAAUCAGCAGAUACUUCCCUGCCUUUUCUGACUCCUCAGGAUGGAUAUUUUUGAGAGGCAUCCAAGCAGUGUGUGGGAUCCUUUGAUUUGUGUUUGAGGUGUGACCAACCUCUGAAAGAUCUGCUAAAAGGAUAAGGAGGAACCUCUAUGGGUAACUCUUGGCUGGAAAUAAUUACUGGUCAACCAUGGUAAAACUUGCCAACCCUCUUUAUACGGAGUGGAUUCUUGAAGCUAUACAAAAAGUUAAAAAGCAAAAGCAAAGGCCUUCUGAAGAGAGAAUAUGUCAUGCUGUUUGUGCUUCCCAUGGAUUAGAUAAGAAGACUGUUUCAGAACAGUUGGAACUUAGUGUUCAAGAUGGUUCUAUUCUUAAAGUUACCAACAAAGGCCUUGCAUCCUACAAGGACCCAGAUAAUCCUGGACGGUUUUCAUCUGUUAAACCUGGCGCUAUUUCUAAAUCUGUUAAGGGAUCUAGAGGAGCUUGUACUGAGCUUCGUAAUGUGGAUUGGAAUAAACUCUUGAGAAGAGCAAUUGAAGGGCUUCAAGAACCAAAUGGCUCGUCCCUGAAAAACAUAGAGAAGUAUUUGAGAAGUCAAAAUGACCUAGCAAAUAUUUUCAAUAAUCCCGCCUUUCAGCAGAGGUUGCGUCUGGGGGCCAAACGUGCUGUGAACAAUGGGAGAUUACUGAAGGAUGGACCGCAGUAUAGAGUGAAUUAUGGCAGUUUGGAAAGCAAAGGAGCUCCAAAAUACUCCAGCACUUUCCCAGCUUCUCUUCCACCUGUCAGCCUUCUACCCCAUGAAAAAGACCAGCCACGAGCCGAUCCCAUCCCGAUAUGUAGCUUUUGUUUGGGAACGAAAGAAUCAAAUCGUGAAAAAAAACCAGAAGAGCUGUUGUCUUGUGCAGACUGUGGCAGCAGUGGACAUCCAUCAUGUUUGAAAUUCUGUCCUGAGUUAACAACAAAUGUGAAGGCCUUAAGAUGGCAGUGUAUUGAAUGCAAGACAUGCAGUGCAUGUAGGAUCCAAGGCAAAAAUGCAGAUAACAUGCUUUUUUGCGACUCCUGUGAUAGAGGGUUCCACAUGGAGUGCUGUGACCCACCACUUUCCCGAAUGCCAAAAGGGAUGUGGAUUUGCCAGGUCUGUAGACCAAAGAAGAAAGGGAGAAAGCUACUUCAUGAGAAAGCUGCCCAAAUAAGGCGACGAUAUGCAAAACCUAUUGGACGACCGAAAAAUAAACUAAAGCAACGAAUGUUGUCUGUAACCAGUGAUGAAGGAUCCGUGAAUGCAUUCACAGGAAGGGGGUCACCUGGUAGGGGUCAAAAGACUAAAGUGUGUACCACACCUUCAUCUGGUCAUGCUGCAUCUGUGAAGGAUUCAAGCAGCAGAUUGCCUGUUACAGACCCCACUCGGCCUGGUGCCACCACCAAAAUCACCACCACCUCCACCUACAUAUCUGCCUCUACACUUAAAGUUAACAAGAAAACCAAAGGGCUCAUUGAUGGCCUUACUAAGUUCUUUACACCAUCACCUGAUGGUCGCAGAUCACGAGGUGAAAUAAUAGACUUUUCAAAGCACUAUCGUCCAAGGAAAAAGGUCUCUCAGAAACAGUCAUGCACUUCUCUUGUGUUGGCUACAGGUACCACACAAAAGCUAAAACCUCCACCUUCUUCACUUCUACCCCUAACCCCCAUCUCUGGUCAGAGCCCCAGUUCGCAAAAAUCCAGCACUUCCACUUCUUCUAACUCUCCCCAAAGUUCUUCCAGUCAGUCAAGCAUACCCUCCUUUAGUAGCCUUCCUAAUAACAGUCAGCUAAAGGGACUCUUUGAUGGACUCUCUCAUAUCUAUACCACUCAGGGACAGUCUCGAAAAAAGGGACACCCAAGUUAUGCACCACCCAAACGUUUGCGUCGUAAACCAGAAUUAUCUUCCACAUCAAAAUCUAAUAGCCAUUUCUAUGGAAAGAAAGAGGUUAGGAGCAGGUUUAUUUCUCAUGCCUGUACCUCUGGAUGGGGUGUGUCUAGAGGACAUGCUUUUAAAGCAGUUGCUCACCUCAAGAGAACAACUUUCCUUAAAAAGCACAGGAUUCUAGGCAGAUUAAAGUAUAAAGUGACCCCUCAGAUGGGGACCCCCUCACCAGGGAAGGGGAGCUUGGCAGACGGAAGGAUUAAACCUGAUCAGGAUGAUGAUACUGAAAUCAAACUAAGCAUCAAACAAGAAAAUACGGAUGUAUUUCUGGUGGGAAGCAAGGACACUGUUACACAGGAGGAUUUGGAAGUAUUUAAGCAGGCUCGAGAACUUUCCCUGGAGAAAAUUGGGUGUAAAAACACUGGUGAAACAAGUGGGCGAUACCCUUCAGUGAUUGAGUUUGGAAAAUACGAGAUCCAGACCUGGUACUCUUCACCUUACCCACAGGAAUACGCAAGAUUACCAAAGCUUUACCUGUGUGAAUUCUGUCUUAAAUACAUGAAAAGUAAAAACAUUUUGUUAAGGCACUCAAAGAAAUGUGGCUGGUUUCAUCCUCCAGCCAAUGAAAUCUACAGAAGAAAUGACCUUUCAGUAUUUGAGGUUGAUGGAAAUGUGAGCAAAAUUUAUUGUCAGAAUCUUUGUUUGCUAGCUAAGCUCUUUCUGGACCACAAAACCUUGUAUUAUGAUGUUGAACCAUUCCUCUUCUAUGUCCUUACAAAAAAUGAUGAGAAGGGCUGCCAUUUAGUUGGAUAUUUCUCUAAGGAAAAGCUUUGCCAGCAGAAGUACAAUGUCUCCUGCAUAAUGAUCAUGCCCCAAUACCAAAGGCAAGGAUUUGGAAGGUUUCUCAUUGAUUUCAGCUAUUUACUUUCUAGAAGAGAGGGUCAAGCAGGAUCCCCUGAAAAGCCAUUGUCUGAUCUGGGUCGUCUCUCAUACUUGGCGUACUGGAAGAGUGUCAUAUUAGAAUAUCUUAACUGCCACCAUGAAAAACAGAUCAGCAUCAAAGGAAUGAGUCGAGCUACUGGAAUGUGUCCACAUGAUAUUGCCACAACCCUGCAGCAACAUAGCAUGAUAGAUAAAAGAGAAGAUAGAUUUGUAAUUAUUAGAAGGGAAAAGCUGAUUUCAAGUCAUAUGGAGAAACUGAAAGCGAAUCCACGUAUCAAUGAGGUAGAUCCUGAAAGCUUGAGAUGGACUCCUUUGUUAGUUUCUAAUGCUGCUGUUUCUGAAGAAGAGAGAGAAGCAGAAAAGGAGGCUGAGCGUCUGAUGGAACAAGCUAGCUGCUGGGAGAAGGAAGAGCAAGAGAUAUUCUCCACAAGAACUAAUAGUAGGCAAUCACCUGCAAAAGUACAAUCUAAAAAUAAAUAUUUGCGAUCUCCAGAAAGUGUGGCAGUGGUGGGGGAGCGAGGGCAAUCCACAGAGCAAUCUAAGGAAAGCAGCGAGGAGGAUGGCGGGGAUGAGAAUCAGCAGAGUUCGCCUCCCCGGCUGACAAAGCCACAGUCGCUGGCCAUAAAAAGAAAGAGACCUUUCAUACUGAAAAAGAAAAGGGGCCGUAAACGCAGAAGGAUUAAUAGCAGUGUUACAACAGAGACAAUUUCUGAAACAACAGAGGUAUUGAAUGAGCCAUUUGAUAACUCAGAUGAAGACCGUCCCAUGCCGCAGUUGGAACCUACUUGUGAGAUGGAUGGGGAAGAUGAUGACUUGAAGCCUGUUAUUAGAAAAGCUUUUGAGUAUCAACCUGGGCCACAGAAACAGGAGAAGGAGGAGGAGGAAGAGCAGAACAAGGAAGAGAAAGAUACUUGUUGUUACAGGAGUGAUGACAAUUGUACAAAUAAUACAGAGGAUGUAGCUGUGUUGGAAGAAAGCACUAAAGACAAUCUUGAACCUUUAAAGAGUAAGCAGGGUUGGCCCAAAGGAGUUAAGCGUGGUCUAUCUAAAUGGAGGCAAAGCAAAGAAAGAAAACCUGGCUUUAAGCUUAAUUUAUACACUCCACCCGAGACUCCUAUGGAGCCUGACUAUCAGGUGCUGGUGGAGGAACAAAAGGAAGCAGCUGAAGACAAGCCCUGCACAGUUCCUGCUGUUUCAGAGGAAGCAAUUAAAGAGCCUGUUGAAUUAUUACCACCACCAGAUGAUGAAGUAAAAGAGGUAGAACCUGAACCUCUGCAUCCACCCAGUGAACCCUUUGAAAAACAAGAAAAUGAUACGAUAAAAGCUGGGGAAGAAGAAAGGAAUGUAGAACAAGGUGGAAUCAAUUCAAAAGAUCAAGAAAAAGACAAAGCAGAAGAGGUGUUUCUGCAACAAGAGGAGUCCGUGCAUUUGGAUGAUCAGGAGGAGGAGGAGGAGGAGGAUGAAGAACCUUCUCACAAUGAGGAUCAUGAUGCAGAUGAUGAAGACGAUAGCCACAUGGGUUCAACAGAAGUGGAGAAAGAGGAACUGCCUGGUGAAGUUUUCAAAGAAAUGCUGGAAACACAGCAGUCUUUUUUAGACGUAAAUGUUCAAACUGGUAAUUCAAAUCAGGAGGACUUAAUGGAUUGUGGUGUUGACCUUGCAGCUGAUGAGUGUGAAAGUGACCAGAAAGAACUUGCUACAGAUUCAGACCCCGUGCCUGAAUCUGAUGAUGAUCAUACAGAUAACAACCAGGACCAAAAAGCUGGUGAAGAAUUACAUUCCGAUUUCAAGGGAGAGAGUACUGAGACUAUGGAGAUUGAUUCAGAGACGGUUCAAGCAGUACAGUCUCUAACCCAAGAAGCAAGUGAACAUGAAGAUACAUUUCAGGACUGUGCAGAGACUCAAGAGGCCUGUAGAAGUUUGCAAAACUAUGCCCAUAAUGACCAAAGUCCCCAAAUGACCACAUUGGAUGAUUGUCAGCAGUCUGACCACAGUAGCCCAGUUUCAUCUGUGCACUCUCAUCCCAGCCAGUCAGUUCGUUCUGUUAAUAGUCCAAAUGUUGCUCCUUUAGAGAACAGCUAUGCUCAGAUCAGCCCAGAUCAAAGUGCCAUUUCUGUGCCAUCUCUACAGAACAUGGAGACUAGCCCAAUGAUGGAUGUUCCCUCAGUUUCUGAUCAUUCGCAACAAGUUGUGGAUAGUGGGUUUAGUGACUUAGGGAGCAUUGAGAGCACAACAGAAAACUAUGAAAACCCAAGCAGUUACGAUUCUACAAUGGGUAGUAGUAUCUGUGGAAACAACUCUUCUCAAAACAGUUGUUCAUACAGUAGCCUUACAUCUAGUAACCUAACGCAGAGUAGCUGUGCAGUGACACAGCAGAUGUCUAACAUCAAUGGAAGCUGCAGUAUGAUGCAACAAACAAACAUCAAUUCUCCUCCCACUUGUAAUGUAAAAUCUCCCCAAGGUUGUGUUGUUGAAAGGCCUCCAAGCAGCAACCAACAGUUAUCCCAGUGCAGCAUGGCUGCUAAUUUUACACCACCUAUGCAGUUAACUGAAAUCCCCGAGACUGGCAAUGCCAACAUUGGAUUAUAUGAAAGAAUGGGGCAGAGUGAAUUUGGAGCAGGGCAUUACUCACAGCCAUCUGCCACCUUCAGCCUUGCCAAACUGCAACAGUUAACUAACACGCUUAUGGAUCAUUCUUUGCCUUACAGCCAUUCAGCUGCUGUAACUUCCUAUGCAAACAGUGCCUCUUUGUCCACCCCCUUAAGUAAUACAGGGCUUGUUCAGCUUUCUCAGUCUCCACAUGCUGUUCCUGGAGGACCCCAAGCACAGGCUACCAUGACCCCUCCCCCCAACCUUACUCCUCCUCCCAUGAAUUUGCCACCUCCCCUUUUGCAGCGUAAUAUGACUUCAUCGAAUAUUGGAAUAUCCCACACCCAAAGACUGCAGACUCAGAUGGCCAGCAAAGGUCAUGUUUCUGUAAGAACCAAAUCCACGCCUCUGCCACCUGCUGCUGCAGCCCAUCAGCCACAAAUUUAUGGGCGUGCUUCACAGACUGUGGCCAUGCAAGGGCCCGCGCGGACCUUAACAAUGCAGCGUGGUAUGAACAUGAGUGUAAAUUUGAUGCCAGCCCCUGCUUAUAAUGUCAAUUCAGUGAACAUGAAUAUGAAUACCCUUAAUGCUAUGAAUGGUUAUAGUAUGUCCCAGCCAAUGAUGAAUAGUGGAUAUCACAGUAAUCAUGGGUAUAUGAAUCAAACACCCCAGUACCCUAUGCAGAUGCAGAUGGGGAUGAUGGGAACUCAGCCAUAUGCACAGCAACCAAUGCAGACAGCACCCCACAGUAACAUGAUGUACAGUCCUCCGGGGCAUCAUGGCUACAUGAAUACAGGCAUGUCUAAACAGUCUCUUAAUGGAUCCUACAUGAGAAGGUAGGCCCUUUGGAGAGACAGACUACCAAACUGGCAUAUUGGAUUGAUCUGCACAAAUAUCUUUUGGAGAGUACGAUUUCAAAACCAGCAAUUGGUGUGAAUGCAAAAACAUUUGUUGGCACCAUUUAAAAGCUGUAUGCAGCAGAAAGCCUUAUACAAGUUUUUUCUUUUUUCUUUGUUUCUUGUUUUGGUUUUUUGUUUCGUUUUUUGUUUUGUUUUUUUAACUUUGUGGGAUUUAACUUUUCUUCUCUUUUCUUUGGGGGGAAAUAGAUGGUUUUCCAUUUUUUGUUUAUUUCAUUGAGCUUGAAGUUCUCUGGAAAGGAAGAACUCUUUCUAUGAACUGCAAUUACACAGCAGCUGAUGGUUCAGAGCCAUUUUAUGUGCCUGCUCCCAUUAAAAAUGUGGAUAAAUAGACUCCAAAACUAUCAGACAGUACUGGAUCGUGAGCUUUUUCUCUCUCCUUUCCCCACAUGUAAAUGCCUUUUAGCAGUUCUUUUAUGGUAUUAUUUUGUUUCUGAAGGUGACACUUCUGCAUGCCGCUAAUGUCUUUGUUAGUGACAGUGCAUUUUGUAGUACUGUACAAGUGUUGUGCUUAACAGUAAGCCAUUUCUUAAUUUUUUUGCCUUGAUUAGGUUACCCUAGUUUGAGGGGUAAAAAAAACAGAACUAUAUUUUUGUUAAUUAUAAAACUUGUAAAAAAUAAUAAAAAAAAGCUGCGAAAGCUAUUCACAUUUUGGUUAGUUCAAAGGGUUUUAUUGCUGUAUGUUCAGUGUAAAGUUGAGACUCUUUUCCAUUUUUGUGACCAGUUUCUUUGGGGCUGGGGUAGGAAAAAAGGCAGCUUUCUGUUUUAUAAAUACUGUUAUGUUUUUUUGUUGAUUGAAACAUCUCAGUGUUUAUUUGUCAAGUUUUGAAACAUUUUCAUAUAUGUCCAAAUACUUGGCAGGAUUUAAAAAAAAAGUAGUGAAUUUGGUGUAAAGUUGCUAUUUUAUGGAAAUGCCUCUAACUUUACAUUUUCAUUCCAUCUGUAGAUUUUUCUAUCUUUAUAAAAUAUUGGAGUUAUUUUUUAAGGGAAAAAAUAGAGCAGUAGCGUGUGAAUAGCUCAAACUAAGCUUACAGAUCGCAUGUAAAAAGGCAAAAGUUAUUUGUGUCUGUUUAUAUUGCUUCCUUUUUUGUAGCCUUUGUACCUGUACAGAGUGACUGUAAGGGCCGAACAGAAGAGGCUUGAUACAUGUAAAAAUAGGACCCAGUGACACUCUUGUAUUUAUCUGUUAUCUUUUUAGUCAGUCACUUAAAAAAAACAAAAAAACAAACAAAAAAAAACCCCAAACAAAAAAAAACCCAAAACCCAUAAAAAAAAAACCCCAACACUCACAAAAGUCCCCAAGAAACAAAAAUAAAAACUGCAAAAAACAACACACACCCCUUCCCUCAAGCUGUACAUUUUAACAUAAAAUAAAUUAUGAUGAGCCAUUUUUAGCCUCUUGUGUCUUGUCAUAGUUUGAUGUUGCAUGGGAAUUACCUCCUGAAACAGUGUUUGUUACAGUGCUCUCACAUGCUUGAUCUAAAGCCCAUUAAAGCUGAUGGGGUUUGGAUUAGGCUGUUAGAGCUUAAGUGUAGGUUACUCAUCAUAAUUGCAUACACCUUGUGAAAAUAAAGAGUAUCUAAGAUUAUUUUUUUUAAUAAUCUUAAUAAAAUAUUGAAUAAAUAUGUAUUUAAUACAUUA